GCAGGGGAGGCCAGACCCUGAUACGAUACACGCCUCUCCCCCGAUCCCCUCUCGCUCUGUUGAAUCGAACCAGACCACCGCCUCGCCGACUCGCCGCUAGGGUUUUGCCGCAGUAGCCGCUCUCGCCGCCCCGCCAUGGACGCCGCUCUCACGGGCUCCUCCGCCGCCGGCGAUGCCCCCACCACCGGGGAGCACCGGAUGGGUACCACCAUCGUCGGGGUCUGCUACGACGGCGGCGUCGUCCUCGGUGCCGACUCCAGGACCAGCACCGGAAUGUAUGUCGCGAACCGUGCAUCAGACAAGAUUACUCAGUUGACAGAUAAUGUGUAUGUCUGCCGCUCUGGAUCUGCUGCUGAUACACAAGUCAUUUCGGACUAUGUGCGUUAUUUCCUCCACCAGCACACAAUUCAGCUUGGGCAACCGGCUACCGUGAAAGUUUCAGCCAACUUAAUUAGGUUGCUAGCUUAUCAGAACAAGAGCAUGUUACAAGCUGGAAUGAUAAUUGGAGGAUGGGAUAAAUAUGAGGGAGGCCAAAUUUUCUCAGUCCCUCUUGGUGGAACAAUUCUGAGGCAACCGUUUGCAAUUGGAGGUUCUGGUUCCAGUUACCUGUAUGCAUUGCUUGAUCAUGAGUGGAGAGAGGGAAUGACACAGGAUGAAGCAGAGAAGUUCGUGAUGAAGGUGGUUUCCCUUGCUAUAGCCCGUGAUGGUGCAAGUGGUGGAGUUGUUCGCACAGUUACUAUAAAUGCUGAUGGUGUUAAGAGGAGCUUUUAUCCUGGUGACAAGCUACCACUGUGGCACGAAGAGCUGGAGCCCCAGAACUCGUUGCUUGAUAUACUCGCUGCUGGGAACCCUGAUCCGAUGGUGCAUUGAAUUUGCCCUCCAGCCGUGCACUUUCCUUUAUGAACUUUCUGCUGUAUCUGACUUGUUCUAGAUUUCAACUGAAGAAUGGAUACAACUCCUGCUGAAUUAUCGUACCACGUAUUUCUUAUUAUCAUUACACCUUAGUAAAUUCCUGUUUACCAGAACGAUUGGUGUUCCUGUUUCGUGGUAAUGCUUUGUGAUGUUAAUGCGAUGAGAAUUCGAUCUUGUGAUUA